AUGAAAGACUUGCUCUCUGAGAAGAAAGCCUUGAAUGGAGAUGAAACAGUGGUCCUGACCAAGGAUUGUAGUGCACUCAUUCAGAGAAAGCUACCAAAGAAGAUGCCAGAUCUUGGGAGCUUUCAAAUCCCUUGUACUAUUGAGAAUAUCACUUUUGACAAAGCUCUUUGUGAUAUUGGCUCAAGUAUCAAUCUAAUGCCUUUGUUUGUAAUGAGGAAGCUGCAAAUUCAAGAGGCACAUCCUACAAAGAUAGUACUACAGAUGGCUGAUAAGUCUCUAAGGCAAGCACAUGAGCUAGUGAAAAAUAUCUUGGUCAAGGUUGGAGAGCUUUUCCUCCCUGCAAAUUUUGUAGUACUUGACAUCGGAGAGGAUGCAAUUGACUCUAUCAUUCUAGGAAGACCAUUCCUAGUCACUGGGAAAGCUCUUAUUGAUGUUGAGAUAGGUGAAUUGGUUCUGAGGCUACAGGAAUACUAUUUGGUUUCCAAGGGAAGUAUAGGAUGGAAGAAGUGA